AUGUUAAGCAAUACUGCAGUCGGUUUGUUGUCACUGACAGCUCUGUGGCUGAACCCUGCAAGUGCCGCAGAGAAAUCAAACACAGGCUGCGAGGUACUCAAGCUUGCCUUCCCUGACAAUACCUUUUCUCCCAAAGAUGCGGUCUACGAGUAUGAAUCCCAGAACUUCUGGUCCAACAACGAGAUACUCAACCCCGCUUGUGUCUUCCGUCCGACAUGUCCCACACAGGUGGCUGAAGCCGUCAAGCUCAUGAGUCUCGGCAUCACAUCCUUCGCUGUGCGCGGAGGUGGACAUAUGGCCAUCACCGGUGCAAACAAUAUCGAUGAUGGUCCGCUCUUUGUCAUGUCAAAUCUGACUACUCUCGAAUUGACUGAAGAUAAAGAGUCUGUCUGGGUAGGACCUGGCUUGGACUGGGGUCAUGUCUACCGUUAUCUGGGCCAACACAAGCUUGCAGUUGCUGGAGGCCGCCUUUCCCCCGUCGGUGUGCCUGGUCUACUGUUAGCUGGAGGUGUCAACUUCCACGGCAACCAACGUGGAUGGGCAGCUGAUAACGUGCUCGAAUAUGAGCUUGUGCUCGCCGAUGGCAAGAUUGUAUCCGUCACAGCAGAGUCUUACCCUGAUCUCUUCUGGGCUCUCAAGGGUGGUUCCAACAACUUUGGCAUUGUCACAAAGUUCAGACUGGCCACUCUUCCAUCUGAUCAGAUCUAUGCUGGCGUGUACAGCGUUGCUGAUAUCCCUGGAUUUCUCAAGGCCGUUGCCAAUUUUUCCGCUUUCAACACUGAUGCUCUCGCCCACAUCGUUCCUCAAGUCAUUGCAGUCGACGAAGAGACAACCAUUGGCGGCGCAAUUCUCUUCUACGACAGUGACUCUGACCCUGAGCCCGAAUGUUUCCGCCCAUUUUUCGAUCUUCCCUCAAUUGGCAACACAUUCCAAAAGCAGACGUUGGCUCAGUUCUCGGAUGAGACUGGCAAGCUAGUCACACCAAAGAUCAACGACCAGUUCAUCGCUGGUACUACCACGGGCAAGACAUACGAAGAAAUUCUCGAGGGUGUUCAGAUCGUCAAUGAUGUCUUCCUUGCUGCUUUGCCUGAACUGUACAAGGUUCUUCCUAUCGAGGACCGCAAGCUCAUCUCCGUUGACUGGCAACCCAUUGGCUCUCUAUGGGAAAAGGCCUCCAAGAAAUACAACCCCGGAGGUAAUGCCCUUGGAUUGGACACCGAGACCAAGGGAACGUACAUUGCCUGGGCCGAGGUGGUAGAAUGGAGCGGCGAUGAGCACAAUGAUGAGAUUUUCAAGUGGAUUGAGGAUACGACAUGGGCUAUCGGCAAUGCUACUCAGAAGGCAGGCCUGUACGAUCCCUUUUACUAUAUGGGAGAUGCUGCUGGCUUCCAGAAUAUCUAUGAUGGAUAUGGUGCUGAAAACAAGCAGCGUCUACUGGAUAUCUCUCGCAAGUACGAUCCUCUCCGCGUCUUUCAAAAAUACUGGCCAGGCGGUUUCAAGAUCGGAGAGUAG